ACUACUGUCUGUAUACACCUAUACACACACACAAACCAAAAUCAUUUCCCUUUUUCCUAAUCAAAAUCCAUCUCAUUUCUUUCACCCACACAAACCGUGUCCUUUCACUACAAAACUUCAAAUUGGCGGCUACCACCAUCAUCUAUAUAUAUACAUACACAUACACACACACAUAUAUAUAUACACACACACAGUUAUGGCGGAGAUAAACGGCAGUUCACAACAAAACCGGCGAGUAAUACCACCAAUGAUAGCACUACCACAACAACCAUCAUUCGAAACUUUAUUCACUGGUGGACCCGGACCCGGACCCGGGUUUAGUCCAGGACCCAUGACUUUAGUAUCCAACUUCUUCUCGGAUCAUUACCCAGAUGUUGAUUGCCGCUCUUUUUCUCAGCUUCUUGCUGGUGCUAUGUGUUCCCCUGCAUCUCAAAUCUCACCACCCGCUUUAUUUGAUAAUAAUUAUAAUAAUAAUAAUAAUAUUAAUAGUGAUAAAAAUGAAAAAAAAUCAGGAGGUUUUAAGCAAAAUAAGCCAGUGGAUUUAGUAAUUGCACAAUCCCCAACUGGGUUUGUGUUUCCUUCUGUUUUUAGUCCUUCUGGGUUACUUAACUCACCUGGUUUUUACUCACCACUUCAGAGUCCAUUUGGAAUGUCUCAUCAGCAGGCGUUGGCUCACGUUACUGCCCAGGCUGCGUUUUCUCAAUCUUACUAUAAUCAUGUUCAGCCCGAAAAUCAGAAUUCUGGAACAGUUGUAUCUGAGCAAGUGCCACAGAUGGUCAAUGUAACUGAUACAAAAUCGGAACUUGAGGAUUCUCAAAUUGGAUCACCAGAUGACUUGUCGGUUUCUCAAUCUGACUUUAAUGAGCCUCAACAAGUAGUUUCUGUAUCUUCUGAUACUAGUGAUGGAUACAAUUGGAGAAAGUAUGGGCAGAAACAGGUGAAAGCUAGCGAGCAUCCUCGAAGUUACUAUAAGUGCACACAUGCUAACUGUCCCGUGAAGAAAAAGGUUGGUCGAUCUCUUGAUGGUCAUAUAAGUGAGAUUGUGUAUAAAGGUCAACACAAUCAUGAACCGCCUGUUCUUGGAAAACGGGGAAAAGAUAGCGCUGAAGUAAAAAAACCGAGUCAUUCUCAAAUGGAAAAACGCAUGGGAGAAGAACCAGUAGGUGCACGUGAUCAAGCAUCGAACCAGAUGACAAUGACAAGUGUUGAUCAAGGAUCUAAUUACUUAAUGAGAACAGAUCAAGCGUCUAAUCAAUUAAUGAGAUUUGAUGAGCCAGAUGAUGAACCUAAUCCGAAAAGAAGGAAUACUGAGGUUGGUGGGACUGUAUCUGGGCCUGUGCCUGUAUCUAUGCCCGGGCCUGUGGAGUCAAGUGUAUCUAACAAGAUGGUUUCAGAACCAAAAAUAGUGGUGCAGACAAGAAGUGAAGUGGAUCUUUUAGAUGAUGGAUUUAAGUGGAGAAAAUACGGUCAGAAAGUGGUCAAAGGGAAUACCAAUCCAAGGAGUUAUUAUAAAUGCACUUUUUCAGGAUGCACUGUGAGAAAGCAUGUAGAAAGGGCUCCAUCAGACCCGAAAUCUGUAGUAACAACGUAUGAAGGGAAACAUAAUCAUGAUAUUCCAGUAUCCAGGCAUCGAGGCUACAGUAACAACAGUGGUGGGGGUACAGCUACAAAACGCAAAGAAACCAAGUUAGAAAAUAAUGAACGACCAGUUCUUUUACAAAUGAAAGAAGAGAAAAUAACCGCCUAAGUGUGAAUGUGGUGCAUAAAAUAGAUGUUAUUGGGAAGUUCAUAUUGCUGCUAUAAUAGAAUUGGUACAUUUUGGAUAAAAGUUUCCAUUUCUUGUUUCUUUUAUUUUAAUGUUUGUGGAAAUAUAUAUGUACAAUUCGUUAUGCUGGUUGUAGCGAGUCCAACCUUACUCGCCCUAUUCUUUGUACACUAAGAUUGAGCUUUGUACUUUAAA